UGCAUGAACUGGAAGAACAAUCAAAGGCUCUUGCUAGUUGUACAUUUGAGAAAAACACUUUAUGGGGAAAAGAGAUGGGAUUGCAAUAUGGUUGUUCAGUAGAGGAUGUUAUGACAGGAUUGUCUAUUAAAUGCAGAGGAUGGAAAUCAGUUUUCUAUAAUCCUCAAAGGAAAGCUUUCUUAGGUGUAGCUCCAAACACCUUGCCAGAAGCACUAGUUCAACAUAAGAGAUGGUCUGAGGGGGGCUUUCAAAUUUUGCUUUCCAAGCAUAGUCCAGCAUGGUAUGCUUAUGGAUUAAUCAGUCCUGGCCUCCAAAUGGCAUAUUGUUACUAUCACCUGUGGGUGUUUAUUUGCUGGCCAACUGUAUAUUACUGCAUUAUUCCUUCACUCUAUCUCCUCAAAGGCAUUCCAUUGUUUCCACAGAUGUCAAGUCCAUGGUUCAUACCUUUUGCAUAUGUGAUUCUUGGCGAUUGCUCUUACUGCCUGAUGGAGUUUUUGUGGUCAGGAGGCACAAUAAAGGGUUGGUGGAAUGAGCUACGGAUAUGGCUGUACAAGAGAACAAGCUCUUACCUCUUUGCUUUUGUUGAUACCAUCUUGAAGUCUUUUGGCUUUUCAGAAUCAACAUUCGUAGUAUCUGCAAAGGUAGCAGAAGAAGAAGUUUCCCAACGAUAUGAGAAAGACAUCAUAGAGUUUGGAAACUCAUCCCCAAUGCUCACUGUGCUAGCAACACUUGCAAUGCUCAAUUUGUUUUGCCUUCUUGGCAUGUUCCUAAAACAAAUGUUCAUCACUGAAGGGGGUCUCAGAAUGUUGGAUUCAAUGGCAUUGCAAGUUAUUCUAAGUGGGGUUUUGGUUGUCAUCAAUGUACCUGUGUACCAAGGACUCUUCCUAAGAAAAGAUGAGGGAAGAUUACCAAUAUCUGUUGCAGCAAAAUCCACAGCAUUGGCUCUAAGUGCAUGUGCCCUCUUUAUUUCCUUAAGUUAAGAUGUUUAAUAUUUUCAGUCUUAGUUUUCUUUUACUAUUGGUAUAUUUUUAGUCUUAUUUCCUUUUACUGAACAAUAAAAAUAUAUCGA